CAAGGUCACGUUUGGCGGCAGUGAUCUAACCGAGCAUGCCGAAACGUGGACGUGGUGGCUCGUCUGGUGGUAAAUACCGGAUAUCGCUGGCCCUCCCGGUCGGUGCCGUCAUCAACUGCGCGGACAAUAGCGGCGCGAAAAACCUCUACAUGAUUGCUGCUUUCGGCAUAAGAGGCCGAUUGAACCGGCUACCGUCCGCUGCCACUGGGGACUUGAUAGUUUGUUCGGUGAAGAAAGGAAAACCUGAAUUGAGGAAGAAAGUUUUGUAUGCUGUGGUUGUCCGACAGCGCAAAGCCUACAGGAGGAAAAACGGCACAUUCAUCUACUUCGAGGACAACGCAGGCGUGAUUGUAAACAACAAAGGAGAACUCAAAGGUUCUGCGAUUACUGGUCCGGUGGCCAAAGAAUGCGCUGACAUGUGGCCGAAAAUUGCAUCUACCGCGAGUUCUAUCCACUAAUUUGCAAAUAUGAAGUCUUUGGCGAGUGUGUUUGUUAUCAGCGGCUGUUCCGCUUUGGGAAGGAAAUGUUUGUCGAGUCAAGACAGUUCAAGAGCGAAUUUUCAAAAUAUUCAGGGACGAACCAUCAUCGUUAAUGUCACAGGUGAAAUCAUUGAGAACUCGCUUGUGUAAAUAAAAGUCUCACCAGCGCCGAAAACCGUGUAAACCUUUAACAGACUACUAAUUUUGCUGCAAAAUUCCGUGGCUAAC